AACGGCACGAGAAACGAUCGAAAAAUGUCCAGCGUGGAUUGGGAAGAAAUCAAGCGACUGGCUGCUGAUUUUCAGAAGGCACAGCUCAGCUCGACCUUGCAAAAACUCUCGGAACGAAAUUGUAUAGAGAUUAUAACAACAUUGGUAGAAAACAAGUUUCUUGACAUUAUAUUUACCAAUGAUGGCAAAGAAUACGUUACACCCCAGCAUCUUGGGAAGGAGAUCAAGGAUGAGCUGUAUAUUCACGGUGGAAAAGUUAGUUUAGUCGACUUGGCGCAAAUUCUUAAUGUUAAUCUGUCGCAAGUAACUAAAGCAGUAACGGAGAUCGAGAAGCACAAUAAAGGGCUAAAAGUGAUACUGGGCCAGCUUAUUGAUAAGAGCUACAUUAGUAAAAUUGCAGAAGAGAUAAAUGAUAAACUUGUGCAGCACGGCUGUAUUAAUGUGGCCGAGUUAACGCUCACUUACAAUCUACCGGCUGAUUUUUUACAAUCGGUCGUCGAGAAGGAACUCGGAAAAAUAAUACAUGCCACCCAAGACUCCCAAGAUCCUAAAAUUUUUUAUACCGAAAGCUUUAUUGCUAAAAAUAAGGCAAAAAUUAAAGGCGCGUUAUCUGCCGUCACAAAGCCCACGCCAUUAUCUGCAAUAUUGGGGCAAUGUGGCGUACCAGAAAGAAUAUUUUUCUCAAUCUUGGACAGUUUGCAAGAAGUAAAACAAGUGCCAGGAGUUGUGACUGGGAAACAGAGCGGAAAUAGUAUUUAUAUACCUACUAUAUACUCUAAAAGUCAAAACGAGUGGGUUGAAAACUUUUACAAGCAGAACGGAUAUUUAGAAUAUGAUGCGCUCACAAGGCUCGGGAUAUCAGAUCCAUCAGGCUUUGUAAAACGCCACUUUCCGAACGAGAACAUGGUCUUCCUAAAGUCAGUGGCUGUAGGAACGGUGGUAACGGAUCAAGUGGACGCCAAUAUCGAAGAGGUUGUUGCGACCGGAUCUUUCGUUGAUCUGUAUCCGCUUUUACCGUCUGUAUUUAGCGACGAAGACGCGGAACUUCUUCUCAGAUUAGCUAUGAAGAAGACAAGGGUCAACGUACAUGUAUUUGCAAAGACAGUCGUUGUCUCUGAGGCAUUUUUACAAACUUUAACUAAAUCCCUCGAGGCAACAGCGGAACAAAAGGCUCGGGACAUGGUGGUUAGCGGAAAAUGGAUUCAGUCUAUCGCUGAGAAUAAAUUGAAAUCAAAAUCCGCGGAUUUGAUCAUCGAGAAUAAAGUGAGUAAAAAGGAAGAACGAAGGAAGAAGGCGGCGAUUGGUAAAGCGGGCGGCGGUAGUCAAGGCAGAGAAACCAAGACGAAAUCUACAAAGAAGAAGUACCUUCAGGGAAAAACGCAGGAAAAUGACUCGGACGAAGACGAGACGAGGCAGACGACGAUUGUGUCGUCUGCACGAAAAGGUGAGAUUACAUUGAUAUCCGUGGAAGAAGUUAAAGCGGAAAUUACGAAAGACGAGAACAUAUCCGUCAUCGAAGAAAUGGCAGACGAAUUGGCGUACUAUUUGCAACCAAAACUCAACAAGUUCGCGUUAUCAUUGGCGGAGCAAUUGGCGCAAUCCAACAAGACUACUAAUCUAAGCGAGAUCGGCGAACGCCUGAACAUCGUAAUAACCAACAUUCGAAUAUUCGACAAGGGUAUCAAACACUUGGACAAAGCGGAUCAAGCCUCGCUGACCAAAUAUUUGCUCAAGUCUCUGGGCCUUGAUUUUGUAACGAACAUAUUCAAACUGGCCGCUCAGCAGAAUAUGUUGCAAGUAGCGGAGAAUCUUACGACAGAGGCGAGGCAAAGAUUGCUGCUUGAAUUACCCGCGGAUGUUAAGGAGCCGUUAACUGUCAUUCAUAAGACAGUAAUGGGGGAUUCGGUGGAAGAUUUUUUGAACAGCGUCGACGCAGCGAUGGUGGCUUGUUGUCUGGUCCUGAAAAAGUACGAUAAGAAGAAGGAGCGGCCGCAGGUGCACGCUCACAGGGAAGCUCUAUUAGAAGAAUUGAAUGCCACGCAAGAUCCCGCAUUAAUGUUGCAUCUAGUUACAAGCCUGCUUUUCACCGCUGUUACGCAAAAUGCCAUACAUAUGUCCGGCAGACAUGUGACAACCGUCUUAGCGUUUCUUCAACAGCAGCUGGAACCCAAUACAAUGUCGACACUUUCCAGAUACCAUGACUUAGUACUUAAUUUGUUAAGUGCUCCUGAUGAAAACGCAAAAAUGGAAGCCUCCAGAGCCUUGGAGGAAGGAUUGGUGGACAUAAAAAAUAUUGCAAACAAUUUCAAGCAACAUGUAAAAAUCGACAAGUCCUGAGAAAGUUACACAAAUGGUUGUACAAUACGAAUGAUGUAAUAUAGUCCAUUUUAUGUAUUUGUUAUAUAAUAUCAAUUAAUAUUAAUAUCGUACUUUAUAAUAAAACAAAAUAUGUAUGUUAAC